GAAGAGAGAGGAAGGAGUUUGUUUUCUUUUGGAUAACCAUUCCUAACUAGUUGUUGUUGUUUCAUCCAUUACAAAAUCGUGUUUUCUUCAAUAAUUGACCGAAGUUGCUGGAAAUUUGUUUUUAUCGUUUUUGAUCGAGACUUUCAAAUUAUUUCGUGAAAAAUCAUGGAUACAAAUAACGCAGAAGAUGAAAUGUACGAUGUUGAAAAAAUAUUGGAUGUACGAGUACGAGAUGGAAAGAAAGAAUACUUCUUGAAAUGGACUGGUUGGGCCAGUUCUUUCAAUUCUUGGGAAAAAGAAGAGAAUGUAAACUGUCCAGAACUGAUUGCGACUUAUGAAGAGAAACAAAGAAGACGGGCAGAUGCUGAAGAAAGGGCCAGACAUGAGCCUAAAGUGAAACCUCUAUUCGGUCCUAAUGAACCAACUGGAUUUGAUGCAGGAUUAACACCUGAAGCAAUCACUGGUGUCACAAAAAUUGGAUCAGAGAUCAUUUAUUUUGUUAAAUGGAAGAACGAGAUUCCACAUGGAAUCAUCCCAAGUCAUGUUGCUGAGCAAAAGUGUCCUCAACUGGUUAUUGAAUACAUGGAAAGAAAUCUUCGAAACAAUAGCCAGAUCAGUGGCUAGACCAACUCAAAUAAUCACUGUUAUUGUGACAACUAAUGGUUGACUGCUCGGAUCACCUUGAAAAUCAAGCCUCUAGACUAUUUUCAUUUGCUUAAGCCUCAUUUUUGUACAUCUGAUUGAUUCAGAUAAAACUAUUGAUAUUUUUCCAAUAGAUCCUCAAUCAAAAUAUUCCUAAAUCAUGAAAGCUUUCAUAAACUGGACAUUUUUUGUACGCUCAAGCAUUAUCGACGUUAUUGAUAUUUUACUUCAUUUGUUGAAUCAAAUUGAUGUUUUUCUGAAAAUUUUUUGGAUGCUCUCAUAAAAAGGUAUCAAAAUUAAAUACAGCAAUUUUAUUCAAAAUUU